AACAGAGAAGCAGAUCGCAAUCCAAGGGACGAAGAUGAGUCUGUUACUGGAGGACGAGGAGAUUGACGAAUAUAGAGAUGGAUCGGUGCGGCUCAGGAAUCCAAAUAUCGAACUCAUGGAUCAGGACAUUCUUUAUCAUCUCGCACUGGGUAGUGGAUCCCACGAUCUUGUGGAAAUGUUUGGCGACAUCAAGUUCGUGUGCAUGGGAGGUACGCCAAAACGCAUGGAGCAGUUUGCCAACUACAUAAUGGCGGAAAUAGGCCAUAAACUUCCAGCAGGAACAACUUUGCUUGAUAUAAGCCAGUAUUCUUAUCGUUACUCAAUGUACAAGGUUGGACCAGUGCUAUGUGUCAGUCAUGGCAUGGGAAUACCAUCGGUGGGAAUUCUUCUACACGAAAUCAUAAAAUUGAUGUACCAUGCCAAAGUAAAGGAUCCGGUAUUCUUCAGGAUUGGAACCUGCGGUGGAAUUGGUGUGGAAGGUGGUACUGUUGUCAUUACCGAAGAAGCGGUCGACGAUAUGCUUAAUCCUUAUUAUGAGCAGCACGUCCUGGGCCAGAAGGUUCAUCGACCGACGACCCUGGAUCGGCAGCUGGUGCGCGAGCUGAAGGCCCUCGUCUACUCGGACGACCCUUACGAUACAAUAUUAGGGAAGACGAUGUGCACCUCGGACUUUUACGAGGGUCAGGGUCGGCUCGACGGCGCCUUCUGCGAGUUCAGCGAGGCGGAGAAGAACGAGUACCUGGCGAAGCUCCAAGAGGCCGGGGUCGUCAACAUUGAGAUGGAGUGCACAGCCUUCGCGGCACUGACCCAUCACGCCGGCAUAAAGGCGGGCGUCGUCUGCGUCGCGCUCCUCGACCGCUUCAAGGGCGAUCAGGUCUGCGCCCCGAAGGAGGUGCUGAACGAGUGGCAGAUGAGGCCCCAAGAGCUCGUCUCGCGCUACAUAAAGCGCUAUUUGCAGCGCAAAGGACGCCUACGCACAACCGAUAGUCAUGGCUCGAUGUGCGUCAAGAGUCCGCGACGCUUUAAGCUCGUGCAGCAGGAGUCGGAGAACUACGAGUAGAGGGACCCGGGGAUACCAGGCCGGGCUCCCUAGCGCGACGCAGUCACUUCAGGAUUAUCACAUAUCUAUUGUACGUAAAGUACAUAUUUUCUACGCAGCUACUUAGCC